CAGAACAUUUCCCACCUCACCUAAGUGGUGUUUGUGAACACUGGAGUCAGGACGACACUUGAAGGCAGCACAGUUCAUCACUUGGGCAUGCGCAGUAGCGCUGUGAGGACAAAUAGCUAGAAGCGGUGGCAGGUCCGGAGGAGUGAACCUAGCGGUUCUUCAGUCUGAUUUUAGUGGCUAACUCCAGUAAGAUUAUUAUUUUUUUACUGGUAUCGCAUCAGAUAUGGCCCGUGGGCACCAGAAGAUCCAGUCCCAGCAGAAGAAUGCCAAAAAGCAGGCUGACAUCAAGAAGAGCAAAGGCCAUGACCAGAAAGCAGCAGCAAAGGCUGCUUUAGUAUACACAUGCACAGUGUGUCGGACUCAAAUGCCUGACCCGAAAACCUUUAAGCAGCACUUUGAAAGCAAGCAUCCAAAGUCCCCGUUGCCCCCGGAGUUGGUCGAUGUGGAGGCGUAACAGAUUCACCUUUCUUUCAGUAAGACAGUUGGAGCUGAUUCAGGACAGGCUUCUACAUUUUGCAAUAUUUCAGAUGAAAUAUCUUCAGUACAACUUUAAUUAUUCCUCAUGCUGCUUAAUUUGGUAAUUGAUAUAUGGGUGUUAUGUCAUGUAGCGAUGGUAUAUUCCAGCCUGCCUGCAUUCCAAUGAUCUUUUUUCCAGAGUGAAUUUUUUGCAAAACUAUAAUUGCUUGCCAGAAUUUGAUCUGGGACCAGUACUGAAGGUAGAUACACAGUUGACAGCUACCCUGUCUUGACUUGUGCUAAAAAUAUGUUCUGUCUUUUUUGUAUGCAAUAUUUCUAUCUGAUCAUUUCAAAAUGUUACACUCACAACACCAGCUUGUCCAUGAGCUCUACCAUCAUUACACCAUCUCAGGGCUCCCACUGUUUCAGGACAAACUUUGAAGUUAGAUGAAAACAUGAAUUGGCACUGGCUCUGCUGAACAAACUUGCAAUAUUAGUAUGAUGAUUGAAAGUCAUCUGCAUCCAAAUUCAGUGUUCUGUGAUGCAUUAUAUAUGUCAUAAUUAUAGUUUAUUCAGAGUGACUUUGGAGCUCAUAAUGCACUUGAUAGUCAUUCAAAACCACUAAUGUGUUUUUGAGUAGAUUCAGAUUUACUUCCAAUCUGCACUGAUUUUUUUUUCUCCUUUCCUGGAUAGUUUCUAAAAUUUAAGUCUGUGGUUUUUGUUGAUAUGAAGAAUAUAUUGAACACAUUGUGCUACACGGGUACUUAAAUUGUGCAUUGAAUACUCCCCUCAGAUUUUCAUGGAAGUGUCUAGUCCACAUCCACUGUGUAACUUUCCUGUGUGCAACAGAGUUGUAAAAGUUGGCCAGAGAGGGCACUGCAAGUCUACUCAUAGCAAAACCUUCCCUGACACAAUUUCUUUCCAUUCCUGACUGUGUAAAACAUUGAAACUAUCUUUGGCCCUGUUAGAAGUGAGUGAAGUAUGAUUAAGAUAAAAGUUUGCACUGGUCUAAUGAGCUACUCCUUCCCUCCCAGUUUGUCAUUGUAAAAAGUCGUACAUGGCAUAAUCGUGUGGAGCACUGUAAGAUUUAGUUCAUGUGUUUUGGAGUGGAGUCUGUCUCACACUGCCGUCUUAAUGGCAUAUGUGAAAAUGAUCCCAGUGCAGUCUCUGCUCUUUAGUGUUAUCCCGUCAUGAUGGUGCAAAGUAAUUCAUCUCUGAACUACAUUACACUGUAAUUUAGCCUCGGUUCUUAUUUUUUAUUAUUAUUAGUUUCUUUUCAUAGCAUGCUAACAGACAGAGAAUUAAUUUAUAGAAAUAAACAAAUUUCAAUACAUUUGGACCUUUUGGUCAUUAACCACUGACAUUGUAUCACUGUGCUAAAGUCUGGACUGACAACCAGCCAUGUUUUUACUUUUGUAAUAAUCAUAUCUUUGUCCACGUAAUGUUAUGUAUGCCCUUUUUAAUAAAGGUUACUUUUAUAUGAACCC